AAAGAUUAUCUUUGAGCUUCAGAGAGAACAAAAUAUGCACUUGACUGAAGCUAAACGCCAAGCUUAUAUACCUGGGUGGAGAUUUCUACCAACUAAGAGGAAUAGGAGAAUGAAUGCCAUCGAGAUGAAAGUGAAAUCAUCCAUCCGGGAUAUAAUAGACAAGAGAUUGAAGAAGAUGAGGGAAGGAGAGGCUAAAAGCGAAGAUUUAUUAGGCAUAUUGUUGGAAUCCAACAUGGAAGAAAUGAAAAGGAAAGGUAAACAAGAAUAUGGAAUGAGCAUUGAUGAUGUCAUCGAGGAGUGCAAGUUGUUCUAUGUUGUAGGACAAGAGACUAGUUCUGUGUUGCUAGUUUGGACUAUGAUUCUUCUCGGUAGAUAUCAAGAUUGGCAAACUAGAGCUAGAGAAGAGGUGUUACAUGCCUUUGGCCAGGAUGAGAGCCUUGAUCUAAAAAAAUUAAACAGCCUUAAACUUGUGAAAAUGAUUUUGUAUGAGUCCUUAAGGUUAUAUCCUCCAGUAAACAGUCUGAAGAGGAGGGUUGUGGAGGAGACAACAUUAGGAGAUAUAAUAUUGCCUCGUGGGACUAUGGUGUCAUUACCAAUACUUUUGCUACAUCUUGAUCAUGAUAUAUGGGGUGAAGACGUUAAAGAAUUCAAACCAGAGAGGUUCAAUGAUGGGAUAAUGGGGGCAACAAAGGGUAAAAAUGCCUUCUUUCCAUUUGGUGGGGGGCCUAGGGUAUGCAUUGGCCAAAGCUUUUCUAUGGAGCAAGCUAAAAUUGUUAUGGCAACCAUUUUACAGCGCUUCUCGUUUGAGCUCUCUCCUUCUUAUGCUCAUGUUCCAAUUUCAAUCGGAACUACUCGUCCUAGACAUGGUUCUCCCCUCAUUAUAAAAAAGCUAUAAUUAAUAAUGUGUCACCUAGUGUGAUUUUUUUGGAUAAAUUGCAUGUAAUUCUCUACAUUAUUAAAUACCUAUAUACAAAGUCAAAUUUC